AUGUCUUCCAAAGAAUCAGACCCCUUGGAAAAAUUCUAUAAGCAAUUUCAAAGGUUUGUUCAAAAUAACCCUAACGUCAUAUCAGCUGCUCGAGCAGCCGCACAAAUACCGGAGUCUGCAAAGGCCGUUGUCGUACUAUCUCCUUAUUCUUUACAGCAUGUGUUCCCCAGAGACUGGGUAACGAAAUCAUACAGGAAAACGAUAGUCGAAAGACCAGAGAGGUUGUUGGCAAGCUCAAUGGGCAUAUCAGCUGCAAUCACUAUGUAUCCAUCGCUUUUCACUUUGAAAUCUUCUCAUCUACGGAAAGGUUCAUUAAUGGCGCCUCAUGUAUUUAAGGUUCACGGCAGCCACUGGCCAGCAGAAUUAAUUAAGCUCUGUCAAGAGGCAGAUUCCAAACUGUUAAAGGGCGAGAUCGAAGUCCCAGACACGUGGAACUCAGGCGACAUCUACUUGAGCUCGAAAACAAUCAAAGCUCUACAGGGAACGAUUGGUGCUAUUGAAACCGGUGUUGAUUCCAUUUUCAAAGGCCCAUCUCCGGAGCAUAUUAGUAACAGAGCCUUUGUGGCCAUUCGACCACCCGGCCAUCAUUGUCACUAUGCUACCCCAUCCGGCUUUUGUUUGUUAAACAACGCUCAUGUUGCGAUAGAAUACGCGCAUGAUGCCUACAAUGUCACGCAUGUUGUAGUGCUCGAUUUCGAUCUACACCACGGUGACGGUACCCAAGACAUUUGCUGGAAACGUGCUGGUUUCAAACCUGAGGAGGAGGCGAAAGAUACAUCCUAUGAUGACUUCGGCAAGAAAUUUGCCGAAUUUCCCAAGGUUGGUUAUUUUUCCAUGCACGACAUAAAUUCAUUCCCAACAGAAUCAGGAUUCGCGACUAAGGAAAACAUUAAAAACGCAUCUACUUGUAUCAUGAACUCUCAUGAUUUGAAUAUCUGGAAUGUCCACUUAUCCAAAUGGACAACUGAAGAAGAAUUCAAUAUAUUAUACAGGACAAAAUACAGAACUUUAUUUGCAAAAGCUGACGAAUUUUUUAAGAGCGCGAAAGUAGAAAUGAAGCAACAAGGGAAGUCAUUCGAGGGCCUGGUAGUCAUAAGCGCAGGUUUCGAUGCAUCUGAAUUCGAGCAAACUUCAAUGCAAAGACAUAGUGUCAAUGUGCCCACCUAUUUCUAUACAACGUUUACUAAGGAUGCCUUAAAAUUAGCUCAAAUGCACUGUCAUGGUAAAGUUCUAUCCCUGAUGGAAGGUGGUUAUUCUGAUAAAGCCAUAUGCUCGGGCGUCUUUGCACAUUUGAUCGGUUUACAAAACCAAGAUUGGGUUAAUGAAUGGGGUUCUGAACAAGUCGUUAAAGAGAUUGUUCGUGGCUGUAAACCAGCUUGGAAACCGUACAAGACAAGAAGAGCUAAAGACGUCAUAAGGAUAUGGGCCGAGGAAGUUAUUAGAUUGGGGCGAGCAAUGAUACCGGAAUUCGAUGAGAUAAUAUUCAAAGACGUACCCAAAACAGCACAACCUGAUUCUUUUCCCAAGACAUUGGUGGAACCGGCAUUGGUAUCAACAAUCGCUCAAAGAAUAAUUAGGUCACAUAGGAGCAACGGCUCUCCAGAAAAAGAACCCCAUGAAAAUAAACUUCAAGGUGUGGAAAAGCAAGAACAGAGAGACAUCCGAAAUGAAAUCAAAGUUGGCCAUCCUUCGUCAAACAAUGGUUCUGCCGAAGCUCAAGUUCCAUUUUUGCGACAGGAAUUUUCCAGCGAAGAAGAAGAUGAAGAAUAUGUUUAUGACGAGGAAUUGAAUAAAACGUUCAAUCGUACAGUGGAAGAUAUUACUAUUGAUGAUAUCUCUAGACACUUGGAGACCCUGGAAAUUGAAAAACAAGGUGAUGAGGAGUCUGACCAAGAAGCAAAGGGAAAAAACUGGAAGAGCUCUCACCAGCGCCGUUUGCAGAGCAAUGGAAUGUACAAGAUUCCCUCUAAUACGAAACCUCACCGUAUGAGACAACCCCAAAAUGCAAAUGCACCAGCCUAUGAUGACAGUGACAUAUCAAUGAUUUCUCAUGUUUCAAGAAAACAUACGACAAGGAGUGGAGGAAGAUGGUAA